GAAAUCCUUCAAACAACUAUCGUGAUUUUGUUGCUCAUUAUGUACUGAAUAAUAGUACAUAAUCAGUAGAUAAUGGAAUUCUUGCAGAGGCUAGCUGCCUCAAUGAAGAGAGGAAGAUCUGUUGCAUUGCCUUCAGACAAUAGAGAAGCCUUCUAUUUUUUGAUGCCAAUGGUUAUUUCUGAUAGUUACAGAUCUGUUGGUGAUCUUCUUAAUGGAUCAUCCUAUGAUGUCAACUAUACUUGUGGCAGAGCACAAAGAACACUACUACAUAUAGCAGCAAAUUGUGACAGUGUAAAUUGCCUUGGUUUAUUUUUAAAGAAAGGUGCUACUGUUAAUCUACAAGACAUUUCCGGUUGUACACCAUUACAUUUAGCAGCUAGAAAUGGUCAGAAGAGAUGUUUGACAAAACUUGUAGAACAUAAAUCAGAUAUAAAUAUUAAAAACAAAGAAGGUCUUACUGCUAUACACUGGUUGGCUGUCAAUGGUAGAGCAGAACUACUACAAACUUUGUUAUUACAUAUAAAGGAUGUAGAUAUUGAGGAUGCUCAGGGUCAAACUGCACUACAUGUAUCGUGUCGAAAUGGACAUAUCAAGACAUUACAAACACUGUUAGAAAAGGGUGCGUCUAUAAAUAAGACAAACCAGAAAGGAUGGACACCACUUCAUUUUGCCUGCAGCCAUGGUCAACAUGAAAUUGUAGAUAUUCUGUUGAAGAGAAAAGCACUGUUGACAAUAGAACCAAAUAAAACAUCACCUCUGGAGUUGUGUGUUAAGGGUGGAUAUGGUGAAACUUGUGAAUUGUUAUUACAUCAUGAUCCACGACUAUUAUCACAUCUUUUACAAACAGUUCAAGAUCAGUCAAUAAAUGAAGAUAUGAUCCUGAAAGUGUUACAUUUUUUGAUAACACAAGAUUCAUCUGUAAUAUAUAAACUAUUGAAUGGUUUGGCUGAACAGGCAUCAUUGAUUGGUCAUCAUUUACUCAGUAUUUCUACAGAGUCAGAAACUGACUCCAAAAAUCUAUUGAAGUGUGUUCGAAUUUACAAUAAGUUAUUGAGUUCUCAAGUUAUUGAACUAGAUUCUAGUUUUCUACAAACGGCCAAACAACAGUUUGAUACAUUAUGGCAGCUAUUAGAGGAUUGGUUGAUUUUGAUUCAUACAGAGAUAAAUAAAAAUUGUGAAUCAAUUAGUGAAGAUUCAACUAUCUCUCAGUCCUAUUCUACUGGUAAACCACAAAUAGCUUAUUCAAACCAUGACACAAAUACCACAAAUAUACCAGUACCAACCGAUUCUUCCACGCUUUCAAACAAUGAUGUCCCAUGUUGUAGUGGGAUAAAAGAAAAUGGUGAUAUUUCUUCAGAUUGUGAACCCAGUAAAAACCAAGAUGUGAUUGGAUCUGCCUUUCCUAAAAUCAGCGCUGUGAUACAUGCUUUUUAUAUCUGCUGUCUAAAUAACAGUCCAUCAAGAUUUAUGGAAUUCUGUUUAAAACAUCUUCCAAUAUUACAGAUUUUAGUCAACAGAAACCCACAAAUCAUAUUUCAACAUUUUCAUUUUCUGUUGGAAUGUCCUGAUCUGAUGUGCCAUUUUCAAUCUGUUAUUCACUCACAGCCAUUCAAACAAAGAAAAGACUGGUUUUAUGAGAAUUUAAAACAGGAUACAGACACUACUACAAAUAUUACUGAAGAAGAUAAAAAUAUUGUAACAGUUAACAGAGAACAAAUAUUUAAUAGCAGCUGUGAUAUCAUGUUAUUAAAGAAACCUGAAGAUCUGAAACAUUCCAUUGCUGUUAGAUUUAAUGGAGAGGAAGGAAUGGGUCAUGGUGUUGUUAGAGAAUGGUUUGAUGUUUUAUCUAGAGAAAUACUUAAUCCAGAUUAUGCUUUGUUUACCCAAUCAGCUGAUGGAUGUACAUUCCAACCCAACAGUAAUUCUUCAAUUAAUCCUGAUCACCUCAGCUACUUUCGUUUUGCUGGUCAAAUACUAGGAUUAGCCUUAUAUCAUAAAAUGAUUUUAAAUGUUUACUUCACCCGAUCGUUUUAUAAACAUAUACUAGGUAUCCGUGUAAAUUAUACUGAUGUAGCAUCUAUAGACCCAGAAUAUGCCAAAAACUUACAGUGGAUAUUGGAUCAUAAUAUUGAUGAACUAGGUUUAGAUCUCUCAUUUUCCAUGGAAACAGACGUGUUUGGUGUGAUGCAGGAAGUAGAAUUAUUGUCUGGUGGUAAAGAUAUUAGUGUAACAGAAUCAAAUAAGAAACAGUAUGUGCAACUGGUAACAGAGUUACGAAUGACCAGAGCUAUUAAACCUCAGAUUGACAGUUUUCUGUCUGGUUUCCAUGACUACAUACCGUAUGGUCUAGUACAGUUAUUCAAUGAAUAUGAACUGGAAAUAUUGUUAUCUGGUUCACCAGAAAUAGAUUUAGAUGAUUGGAGAAAAAAUACUGUGUAUACUGGUUUUACAGAAGAUACACCUUUAAUACAGUGGUUUUGGCAAAUUGUAAGUGAUAUGACACACGAAGAUAGAGUUUUAUUAUUACAGUUUGUUACAGGAAGUUCGAGAGUACCCUAUGGUGGAUUUGCUAAUCUUGGUAGUGGUGAUGUAACUCAAUCAUUUACUAUUAGCUAUGUUGCUGCUACUACUGAAAUACUAUUGCCUACAGCCAGUACAUGUAUCAAUUUAUUGAAGUUACCGAAUUAUGAAAGUAAACAAGUAUUGAAAAAGAAUCUAAUGAUUGCUUUAGAAUGUGGUAGUCAAGGGUAUGGACUUAUAUGAUUCCUUAUUUAAUCCAUGUUUAAUAAAUGCCCAAAAUAAUGACAAAUACAGAUAAGUAACAGUGCUUAAUAUAGACCCAUGAAUACACAGGACCUAAUUCUAUGAAAUACAAUUACUGUUUCGAUUUUAAAGACAAGAGAAGCCUGGUCAGAAUGUCACCCAUUAUUUGUUGUAUUCCAUAACCAUUAUUUGAUAGAUGUGAAGACAACAUCAUCUGCUUGGUUAUUUAUAGGUCAAUGCACCUACUGCUGAACUUUUAUUCAAGCUUAAAUUUGUCUCUGUGGCACACCCUAGCAGUUGCGUUGUGUGUAUAUAUUUUUCUGUUCAGUUCAUACUGUAAACGUUUAUUAGACCUGUAAAUGUGUUUGAAUGUGAUAACCAAGGACAUGGACUUAUAUAUGAUCCCUUACUUGAUCUGCUUUUAAUAAAUGCAAUUUAUUUGUAUACAAAUGUGGACGUAUAUUAUAUUGCUGUCGCCCCAGUCUAUGUGUGUGUCUGUGUGUCGCCUACAAGCAGCAAUUCUUAAGUGAUCGUCUUUCUUUAUACCCUAAUAGUCCAUGUGACAGGCAGAUAUUCAUUACCAAUUUGAUGAAUUGGUUUAACUAUGAUUUUCAGUUAGCCUUAGGUCUAAAGUGUCCAAAAUUGGUUGAUGGACUUCCGGGUCACUUUGCCAAAUGUCAGUUUGGCGGCCAUCUUUAAAAAAAUGGCCGCCGUUUUUUUUCUUAUUUGAAAUAGUGCGAGUCGGGGAAGCCUUCAUAACUCCUCAACAGUUUCACCUAUAUGGAUAUGUAAUAUAUCUCAAAAUGUUCAUAAUAUAAU